UUCUCACACAUCACCUGUCAGACAAAGUCUCAACACAUGUCACGAUGAACCCGGCAGAGUCUAACCCAGAGCUUGAAUCUUUCCGGGAACAAUGGAAGGCUGAGGUGCGGGCAAGGCAUGUGGUCCCGAGCAGGUCCCAGUCACAGCAACACCAGAGGGCAGCGGCCGGACCGUCCACGACUUAUGCGAAAACGCCGGCUCGGGUGAAGCCGCCACAGCCCAAGAAAAAACCGGCGGCUCAAGAGGAGGACGAUGAUAACGCCCAGUCACGGUCUUUUGACGAGCCGGCGGCUGCCCGGCCAACAUCCUCCCAUGAUCGAGAGCAACUCGGCGCGCCAGAAAUGGGCGAGCCGGUUUCAGCACUGGAGCACUAUGAGAGGGCAGUAGAAAAGGAGGCGGCCGGUAAUCUGGGAGACAGCUUGAAGCUGUACAGGAAGGCCUUUAGGAUGGACGACGCGGUCGACAUCAAGUACAAGAACAAGCACUUCCCAAAGGCGGUGCCCAAGCCUGCCCCAGCAGCUCCGUUCAGGAGGGCGCCAGUUGGCGCCGACUCUGUGUCCAAACCAGAUGAACCGCAAUCCAUGAAUGACCUCAUCGCCAGCUUUUCUGUUGUGUCUAUCGCGCCGGCGCCACCUGCGGUCGAGGGCAUGCCGCCAUCCCCGUGCCCGCUCGCCUCUUUGCCAGAGGAGCUCUUGGUGCACAUUCUACGUGAUGUGGCCAUUCUCGACGUUGGGGACUUCGUGCGGCUCGCCCAAGUCUGCAAGCGCCUCGCUUACCUGGUGGCCACUGAAGAUCGUAUCUGGCGACGCAUUUGCCUCGGUCCGGAAUUCGGCUUCGAGGGAAUGCACUACUACUGGCAGCGUCAGAUAACCUGGGGGCCGCUUACCGAACAAGAUCUCCUCCGGGAAGCCGACGAAGCAGUAGCAGGAGGAUCCCACACUCCCGAGGUCGAAGCACCCCCACUCCCACUGACGCUCGCCGAGCGCACACGCCGACACGUCCAAGAGAGCACCGCCAACACGCUCAUGUUUUACCACUCUCUUUACUCCUGCUCCUGGCAGCGCAUGUUCCGCCUGCGCCCGCGUAUCCGUUUCAACGGCUGCUAUAUCAGCACUGUCAACUAUAUACGGGCCGGCCAGGCCAAUGUCAACUCAGUCACUGCGGGCUUGCCCGUGCACAUUGUCACCUACUACAGGUACCUCCGUUUCUUUCGGAAUGGGACCGUCAUCAGCCUCCUGACCACGGCUGAGCCAGCCGACGUCGUUCACCACCUGACCCGCGAGGCCGUCGCUCUGCAUGUCGGCGGCGCCAACCCGCACCUGCCGAGCGCUGUGGUGCAGUCUGUGCUGAAGGGCCGCUGGAGGCUUGCGCGCAAGGCCGACAACCCCGGCGCAUCUCUCAGCGAGGCCGAGGGUGACGUCGUGGUCGAGACCGAGGGCGUGAGCAAGUACAUUUACAGGCUGGAUCUUGCUCUGGGCACGGCGGGGAAAGGCACCAAGAAUAACAAGCUCUCCUGGAAGGGGUUCUACAGUUAUAACCCCCUGACGGGUGACUGGGCUGAGUUCACGAUGAAAAACAACAAGCCAUACCAUUUCAGUCGCGUGCGAAGUUACGGUGUGAAGGGGGCAUAGUCCGGAACCAAGUUAAGGACUUAUGGGGUCCUGGAUUCCAUUUUCGCUUCUCUUGCUUUUCAAGAGCCUUCUUUCUUAUUUGUUCAAUGUUCCUUAGUAAGAAACAGAAGGAUUACGGUGAUAGAUGCAUAUAGCGUGGAAUAUACUGGAAACCGUUUGCGUGUGCU